AUGAUUGUUGCUACAGGAGAGGUUAAACAUAUUGGUAAAUCAAAAAUUGUGUCUGUAAAAUGUCACUACAAUACUGUUGAAAAGGAAGCUCAUAACGUAGCUGAUUGGACUUUCUUUUUCAUUGUACAGUGGAGUGCCAAGCAUAUGCCUAGUAAGCUCAGAUGGCCUAAACCAUCCGAUGAAUUCAAAAUGAUUGGAGGUGCAGGGUAUCUGGAUUAUGAAAGAAUGGGUUUUACUAACAUAAGAUGGCAACCCAGGAGAGAUCUUAAAAAAGAAGUCAAGCCUCAUAUAUUGUGUGCUGCAGAAAAUCAGGGUGGUGAUCAUCGAUUAGAAAAAAUUCAUAAAUGGAAAACUGAUUAUCUGCAAAUGUACUUCAUUAUAAUGGAUGAUUGUGACUCUCCUGGCCAAUUCCAGUGUGAGGCUCUAAUAAAGGAUGUGAGUGAAAGGAGACCAAUUAACCAGGUGGCAGGAAGGGGAAGAGGCCGUGGCAGGGGUCGUGGACGUGGAGGAGGGCAGCUGCUUGUGAAGGGAAUCACAGAGAAUACAAUGGCCAGUGAAAUGCAUACCUCAAAAGGAAGAACUUAA